AUGGGGCCUGGGUACUUGUCCGGUGUCUCCAACUGCGUCACCAAGCUUCAGGUCUUUGCCUCGGGUCUUCGCAUCGACUGUUCGUUGCCCUCUUCCCACCAAGCCUUGAUGGGUGCUAUCGUCGAUGUUCAUGAUCAGCUUCAUCUCCAGCGCUAG